AUGCUCUCAAGAGUGAUGAAAGGUAUGUCUGGGAAUGCAAAAAUUCAAGCUUUUGAAACUAUACCUAGACAAGUACAUUGCAAAAGCUGGUGCAAGAAAACCAGGAUUCUUUUCAAAAUUCUUUUAGAAAGAACACCAGAAGAUAGAGAUCAAAGGUUGACUGCUGAUAUACUGAGGGAAGCUGCUGCAAAAACAGAUGGAUUUUCAGGAAGAGAGGUUGCAAAGCUUAUGGCAAGUGUACAAGCUGUUGUUUAUGGAAGUGAAAACUGUGUGCUUGAUCCACUUUUGUUUCGUGAAGUGGUUGAUUAUAAGGUGGUUGAGCAUCAACAGAGAAGAAAGCUGGCGGGGAAUGAUGGUGGUGAUUAG